CGCAGCGCUCCAGUCUAGUGCUAAGAAGCUUCAUCUCCAAAUAGGAUGAUGACCGUAGGCUUUUGUGGAAAGCACUGUUCAGCUCCGUGAAGCUAGUUCUGGGACUCCGCUCUCUUCACUUUACCCACGAGGACUUUGAAAGCAUUUUUACCCUCUAAAGUGUGGAUAUUGGAUGGAUAUUUCUAUUUGGGGAGGUGAAUUUGAGCGCGGCAUGUAACAAAAAGAAGAAGCGCAAGAGAAAAGUAGCGCUCGUGUUGUUAUCCCAAGACCCGUUUUGGACUGCUUUGAGAGCGGUAUCUCAUGGAUUACUAAAGGACAGAGCAGUACAACACUCCGCGGAACACCCAUUCAUGAGCUGAAGACUGAGGCGUGAGGCAGUGGACCGCAGCAGAGUGGUGCGACCAUGAGACCCGAGCUCGCCCUCGUCCUGAGCCUGCUGCAGCUGGUCGGGGCAGGCUUCCCUGAGGACUCCGAGCCCAUCAGCAUCUCCCACGGCAACUAUACGAAGCAGUACCCAGCCUUUGUGGGACAUAAACCUGGCAGGAACAACACACAGAGGCACAAACUGGAUAUCCAGCUCAUCAUGAUCAUGAACAAGACUCUGUACAUCGCAGCCAGGGACCACAUAUACACGGUGGACACGGACACUGGCCACGCCGAUGAGAUCUUUUUCAGUAAGAAGCUGACGUGGAAGUCCAGGCAGGCCGACGUGGACACGUGCAGAAUGAAAGGAAAGCAUAAGGACGAGUGCCAUAACUUCAUCAAAGUCCUGCUGCAGCAGAAUGACGACACUCUGUUUGUGUGUGGGACCAAUGCGUUCAACCCCUCCUGCAGGACAUAUAAGAUGGACAGCCUGGAGGCGCUGGGAGAAGAAAUUAGCGGCAUGGCGAGAUGUCCAUAUGACGCCAAGCACGCCAACGUUGCUCUCUUCGCCGAUGGCAAGCUGUACUCUGCCACGGUAACAGACUUCCUAGCGAUCGAUGCGGUCAUCUAUCGUAGCCUAGGAGACAGCCCGACUCUUCGCACGGUCAAGCACGACUCUAAAUGGCUAAAAGAGCCCUACUUUGUACAAGCAGUCAAUUAUGGAGACUUCAUCUACUUCUUCUUUCGGGAAAUUGCCAUGGAGUACAACACAAUGGGAAAGGUGGUGUUCCCCCGUGUGGCCAGAGUGUGUAAGAACGACCGCGGAGGCUCUCCUCGGGUCUUGGAGAAACAGUGGACCUCUUUCCUGAAGGCUCGUCUCAACUGCUCCAUCCCCGGAGACUCCCACUUUUACUUCAACAUCCUGCAGGCUGUGACCGACGUCAUCCACAUCAACGGAAGAGAUGUGGUCAUGGCCACGUUUUCUACUCCCUACAACAGUAUUCCAGGCUCAGCUGUCUGCGCCUACGACAUGGCAGAGGUGGCCAACACGUUCACGGGCCGAUUCAAAGAGCAGAAAUCCCCUGACUCCACCUGGACGCCUUUUCCUGAAGACAAGGUUCCCAGGCCCAGACCGGGAACCUGCGCUGGCUCCGCGUCCAUGGAGAGGCACAAGGUCUCCAACGAGUUUCCGGACGACACCCUGAACUUUAUUAAGAUGCACCCGCUAAUGGACGAAGCCGUGCCCUCCAUCGCCCACAAGCCAUGGUUCUUGAAGACCAUGGUGCGGUACCGUCUGACGCGCAUCGUUGUGGACAGUGAGGCGGGGCCGCACAGAAACCACACAGUCGUCUUCCUGGGCUCAGAGAAAGGCAUUAUCCUCAAGUUUCUGGCCAAAAUGAACAGCGGCUUCCUCAACGAUAGCCUCUUUCUGGAAGAGCUCAACGUCUACAACCCUGACAAGUGCAGUAUAGACGGCGUGGAGGACAAGCGCAUCGUCGGUAUGCAGAUCGACAGUACGAGCCAUGCGCUGUGGGUCGCCUUCACCUCCUGUGUGGUUAAAGUGCCGCUGUCACGCUGCGAGAAACACGGACACUGCAAGAAGUCAUGUAUCGCCUCCAGAGAUCCGUACUGCGGUUGGGUGUCAGAAGGAGCAUGCCGACAGGUGGUUGGCAAUGUCAAAUCGGCCUUUGAACAAGACGUGGAGCAUGGCAACACAGAUGGCUUGGGAGACUGCCAAAAUUCCUUUGUGGCGCUGAACGGCCACCAUCACCAGCACCAUCACUACUCCAUGUCCAUGCCCACCUCGGCCCUCCCCGAGGCCGCCGAGGGGCCCCUGGGACGGGGCCGCAUGGUGGAGAGGAAGGAGCCUCCCAUCCUGAGCUCAGACAAAGUAGAGGAACCCUACUUGGCCGUGCCCUCUCAGACUCAGCCCGAAGCCAAUGGUGUGAUCCGGGAGAGCUAUCAGAAGAGCCGGGACCAGCUGGUGCCUGUCACGCUGUUGGCCAUCGCAGUCAUCCUGGCCUUCGCCAUGGGCGCCAUCUUCUCUGGGCUCAUCGUGUACUGUGUGUGCGACCACCGGCGCCGGGAUGUAGACACCGCAGGACGUAAAGAGAAAGAGGGUCACCACGCACACUCACGGAGAGGCUCUAUGAACAGUGUGACUAAACUCAGCGGGCUGUUCGAGACACAGGCCAAGGACGGGCGACCAGAGGCCAUCCUCACCCCGCUCAUGCACAACGGACGCCUCGCCAGCGCCAAGAUGCUGAUCAAAGCGGACCAGCACCACUUGGACCUGACAGCCCUGCCCACGCCUGAGUCCACCCCUAUGCAGCCCCGCCGCAAGCCCAGCCGGGGCAGCCGCGAGUGGGAGCGCAACCAGAACCUGAUCAACGCCUGCACCAAGGACAUGGCACCCAUGGGUUCCCCUGUGAUCUCCGACCUUCCUCUCAGGGCGUCCCCGGGCCACAUCCCCAGUGUAGUGGUGCUGCCUCUGCCCCAGCACCAGCACCAGCUGCAGUCCCACCUGCAGGCCUACCAGCACGAGUAUGUGGAGCAGCCACACCACAGCGAGCUGGGCAUGGGGCACAUGGACGAGGCGGCCACGCUGGAGUACAAGACGGUCAAGAACCACAGCCACAGCAUGGUGGAUCCCGACGGGAUGCUGCCCCCCCGCGUGCCGCAGAGAGAGGCAUCCCUCAGCAUCCCCCCCGCGGUGCCGCAGAUGGGCAAACGCCUGGAGGUGCACUCCUCAGUGUACGGCCUGAGGAAAGGCUCCGCCUCCUCCGCUUCGGGGUCGUCCGCUCUCAAGAAGCACAACACCAACUCGUCCAACUCGUCCCAUCUGGCGAGACAUCACAGUUUUAACCGUGUGGAGACUCCACCCCCUGCUCCCCAGAGGGUGGACUCAAUACAAAUGACAGCACAGGGCAUGUCUCUGUCGUCACGGCAACCUGGUAUGAGCGCCUAUGGGUCCCUCCCCAGAACAGGCAUCAAACACCUCAAACCUGAUGUCCCUCCUAAACCCUCGGUGGUGUCCCUGUCCACAAAAGUCAAGUCCAGUGACUGCACAUAGUGCGCCUGCGAGCACUGAGGGACAGGUCUCAGAGACACAGGGGACACUGUUGCAUCUCCUUUUAGUGUUUUGCUGUUUGUUUAGGUGUACAGUACAGUGGAAACAUUUUUAAGACCACUUUCUUUUUAUAUAAAUAUGUAAAUAUGAUGCAAAUGGUUGUUGUCAUUUCCUGCCCUCACAGAGCUCAUACUCUGGUUGGGAACAUGUGCUACUGAAAGUUGGUCCUGAAUAUUUGAACUGUCGGCGUCCUGUAGCAUUCAGUGAGGCCUCUCUCACAGGAGAGAGGGUUGUACAGUGGCAGAGGCAGAGACAUAUAAAGGUAAACAGUAUAAAGGCAGCAGCCUGUUCAAACUGUGAAGAGCAUCUCAGUGUUACAGCAAUCAUGGGACCAGAGGAAUCUUCUACUGUACCAGGACUGAGAACUCAUGACUGUUAACACUAAUAGCAUCUUGUAUUUAUUUUUAAUAAGUGCUUUUGAAAAACAGACUGACUUUGUAGGUUCAGUACGCAGGGAAAGAAACAAAUCUUUUAAUAACAAAUAAUCAAGUGUGAGGUAAAGAAUAUUUAAAGUCAUUAAACUGGAGCCAGUCGAAGCUGGACGGAGGUCCAUGUGGUCUUACUGUGAUCGACAGAGGAACACAUAUUUAUUUAACUGUGCCACAGGGACCACAGAAGAUCAUCUCUGACCAAUCAGAAAAGACUUCCUCAAUCCCUUUCAUGUCUCCAAUCAGCACUGUGCUUUUGUGUGGUUCAAACAUUCGUCCUGAUUGGUCGCUGGCUUGUACCAGUGCCGUCAAACAUCACUGUUGCAUGUUGCAAACAAAUAAGAGGCGCAGCAACAGUCUGGAAUCAGCAAACACACACAUGAAGAAGACACCGGGCGAGGUGGUCCUCAGGCCCGGGCAGGUGAAGACUCAAAGGUGGAUCGCCUGCUUCUUUUCCACAUGUAAAUUUGUGCCUUACACCUUAAAUAGUGUUUUCUUUCAUAGCUGUUAACUUCAUCUUCUUGUAGUAUUUUUUAUUUUUCUUACAUGAUGUUUCCCUGGUUUGAUAAAAUGCAAUUAAAGAAUGUAGGUGUUCUUGUUGUACUUCUGGUCCCCCUGACAUAACACACUCCACAUGCACACUCUAACUCACACAUCUUUGUGGUUUCUUUCAGAUUGUGCCAUUAAAGCGCUUAAAGCGACCCUUUAUGUUGUGUUGGCAGUGUCUACAAGUGUUUUCGUUUUCUCUUUUAUACAAUGGAACUGAAGUCCUGUUCUUUGUUCAGACCUUUUGUUGUCUUUGUUUUGAGUGGUGGUCUAUUGACGGACUAUCUGAACUAUAAACAUGUGUUACUUGAGAAGGCCAAUGUAAGUGUAUCAGGAUGGUGCACUGCAAUAACUCCCCCGUAUAAGCAAAGGUCCAGUAGGAGCUGGAGCAUAAGCAGGCUGGUUCCUGUGAAGACGAAAUCAUGAGAAUCUAACUUUCCCUUUUUUCAAAUGAAAAUACAUUUAGAAAAAAAAACUAAAACUAAACGUUUUGGAUCAACUCUGAAAAUCUUAAACUUCGUGAGAGUUCCACUAAAAUCGGAUUUCAUUGGUCUUUAUACUUUUGUAUUGAUCACUCCCCUGAACUAAAUGAACCAAGCACUCCCCCAUAGUGUUGUAUGUGUAGAUAGGUCAAUGUUUUGAUAUGAAGCAAUUUUGAGUUUCUCAAUGGAGAAAAGCCAACUCGAUCUCAAUCCACAGCUAAAGGUGACACGCCUGUGUUUGGAUGUUUACAGGGUCCAGGGCCACUUUCACAUCAGUGUCUGAAGAUACAUUUAGUAAAUGUUUUAUCUGAUUUAGUUAAACCAACAAUUGCCAUGCAAAGAAAAGCAUUUUGAUACUUGCUGAUUUUAUCAAAUUGGCCAUAAAAUUGAAUUUUGUUUAUGCAUGAAAAGUUCUGUUCUCAAAUUAGACACUUUUGUGAAACUGGCUCCAGUGUGUAUGACUGGCUAUGUUCACGCUGAAUACUUUUUAUUAUAUUACAAUCUCUCUCAGACGUUUCACUUAAGUUUAAAUUCCACCUGCAACAGAAAAUAAAUAAAAGCUAGAAACUGCAUAAACUCUUCAUUGUCCCACACACCACAGAGCAUUUGCAUAAUGAUAUUUUCAACACAAACAUAGUGUGGACAUAGCCAGUGUCGUGUUUAUCAAUGAGAAGAGUGAGAGGGGACAGAGCCUCUAAACACUUGACUGAACAAUGCUUAAAAGAAGGACACUACGGCGCCUUAGAGGAACUGCACUACUUAAUGUGUGAGCACUUCAAACCUUCAGUUGUGCAGUGCUGACAGAAUGUGGACACGAGUACUGUUGUUCCCUCAUAGGUCAAAGGUCGUGUCCACUUCCUGUCGCCGGGUGCACGUAGCGUAGCAUGUAGCUCAGACGAGACAGGGCCUUGACUGUGAAUGGGGCUGUGGACAGUGAGGUUCUUUGGUGCGUGCCUUUUUGUCUCUCCACCCUUGUUCUAACAGCGCUCUGCGAAAUCCACCUUUUUGAACUUUGUAAGCUUGUAAAAUAUAUUGUGACGUCACACCAGUUUUUUGCCCUCUACACCUCCCUUAACAUCACAGCUUAAUGUAUGUUGUAAAGAAGAAAACUCUUUAAU